UGGCAAUUAUAUGAUGAUUCUGAAAAUGAAUUGGUUGAAAAACAAGCUCAUAUGGAGCAUGCUUAUAAAAUAGGAGAAAAAAUUACUUGUGAAAUUGGCAUUCAAACUGAUAAGAUUGGUAUACAAAUUACCAAUGAAACCCGUGAAAUUGGCGUUCAAGUAUCUGAUAUUACGUUGCAUGCUCUUGAAAGUCAAGUUUAUUUACUUCAAUUACAAUUAAAUUCGAAAAUAAGCGAGAUAAAAGAUCUUAAAAAUCAAUUAGAGUAUACAUAUGAUUAUGUAAUCGAGAGUUGGGAACGUGUUCGAGAAAUAGAAAAAAAUAUUGAUAAUAAAAAACACAAUUGUCCUCAAUGUAAUGAAAGAUUAGACACAUUGGCUGCCUUACAAGAAGAAUCUGCUAAUGAAUUUAUACCGAUUUAUAAUAUAGAUACUCAAUCAAAAUCUCUUGUUAUAAGGUCUUAUACGUAUACUCAUGAACUAAAAAGCUCAUAUCUUGAUCGUAUUAGUCUUACACAAAAAUCGAAACCUAAGGAUAGU